AUGUUGAUCCUGACUCCAGUCUUGGUAGCAGUUGUCUGCAUUUGGAUUGUGUGGAUCUUUAAAAAUGCUGAUAGAAGCAUGGAGAGAAAGAGCAGGGAGCCUAGAGCCAGGGCCGACGCUCACCCCUGGGUGGAUGGAGACUUAAAAGACAGCACUGACCUGCACCAAACGGAAGAAGAUGCUCAUGAAUGGCAAGAGUCAGAGGAAAAUGUUGAACAUAUCCCAUUCUCCCACACUCGGUAUCCUGAGAAGGAAAUGGCUAAGAGAUCCCAGGAAUUUUAUGAACUUCUCAGUAAGAGACGAUCAGUCAGGUUCAUAAGUAAUGAACAAAUCCCAAUGGAAGUCAUUGAUAAUGUCAUCAAAACAGCAGGAACAGCCCCAAGUGGGGCCCACACAGAGCCCUGGACCUUCGUGGUUGUGAAAGACCCAGACGUGAAGCAUAAGAUCCGGGAGAUCAUCGAGGAGGAAGAGAAAAUAAACUACACAAAGAGAAUGGGGCACCGAUGGGUUACAGACCUGAGGAAACUGAGAACCAAUUGGAUUAAAGAGUACUUGGACACUGCCCCUGUUCUGAUUCUCAUUUUCAAACAAGUACACGGUUUUGCUGCAAAUGGCAAGAAAAAGAUCCACUACUACAACGAGAUCAGUGUUUCCAUUGCUGGUGGCAUCCUGCUGGCUGCCCUGCAGAAUGCAGGCCUGGUGACUGUCACCACCACUCCUCUCAACUGUGGCCCUCGUCUGAGGGUGCUCCUGGGCCGCCCCGCACAUGAGAAGCUGCUGAUGCUGCUCCCCGUGGGGUACCCCAGCAAAGACGCCACGGUGCCCGACCUCAGGCGGAAGCCUCUGGAUCAGAUCAUGGUGACCGUGUAG